AUGUCGCCUGCAUACUGCAACGGAGGUGGGGAGGAGACCCGCCGCAGGCGCCGGGGGUCGGAUGACGAAAGCGAGCGAAGCCAGGCAGGCGGAAAGGGAGAGUGCUACCUGGAAAGCUUCUGUCUCCAGGACGCCUUUCGAGACUUCCAGAGCCGCGUCCCUUUAAAGAAACUCGUCAGCGCGCAACACGCUCACCGCAUUUGGCAGUGGUAUGAGCUGUGUGGCCCCGAGGCAGACGGCGACAGUCCGUUGCUGAUUUACUCCUCUCCGGUCGUUUUCCUCCACGGCGUCAACGGCACUGCGGCGAUCUACUUCCAACAGCUGCAGGCGCUCGCCGAAAAGGGCUACCGCGUGCUGUCGGUCCAGUGGCCUGCGCUGUCUUCUCUCGCCUCGUUCCUCUCCUCCUUCGACGAAUUCCUCACGCAUAUUCUAGCCUCACCUUCGGCGGCGGCGCGCGCGGCGCGCCCGCGCCCUGGGCAGGCGGCGGGCCCUUCGGGGCUGCCGGCGCAUUCUUCCUCAGCGCCGGAUCGGCUGUCUUCGCACUUCGACUCGGUGGCGUCUGCAGCUGCGUGCGACGAGGCGGCCUGCGCGUCGGCGCGCAAGCAGUCGCGCGGCAUUCACCUCUUUGGCGCCGGUCUCGGCGGGCUCCUCUGUCUGUACUUUGCGCAGCGCAGACCUGAGAUGGUUUCGAGCGUCAUCGUCUGCAACUCGUUCCUGAACGCCGCGUUCCUGCUCGGCGCGCUCGCGCCCCUCCGCGGCGUGUUCUCGCCGAUGUUCCAUCUUUUGCCACACGCGGCGCUGCGGAAAAUCAUCAUCGACACCUACUUUUCCGCCGGGCGCCCGUCGGUCUACGUGGAGAACGGCGUCCGUACGCCAGGGCAGCCCGGCGAGGGAGACGACGAGUUCCCUGAGCGCAUCGUCUGGGCAGACGAAUCUCGCUCAGGCAGCGAGCGCUACGAGACAAGCGGGGGCUUCUGGGUCGUCCCCCGCGAAGAUAUGCAAACCCGAAACAGCAAAGAGUUCCUGAUCUGCAAUCUAGACGCCAUCAGCGCCAAGGACCUCGCCGCCCGACUCGCUCUGCAGAUGUCAAUCGGAUCUUCUACGCCCCUUCAGACGACCCCGGAGAAGAUGCUCAUUAUCCAGUCUCUCGACGCACAGGUUCCGGCGGACGUGGCUGAAGAGCUUCGGAAUUUCUGCCCAGGCGCGAAGGUCGCGGAGAUCCGCGACGGCGGCCAGUUCCCCUUUCUGUCGCGGCCGGAGGAAGUGACGCUGCAUGUGCAGGUUCACCUGCGGAGUUGCGGGCUGUUCCCCGACAGGCAUGUUAUUCAGCGGCAGGUCUCCAAGGCCUCGCGGGACUCGUGGGGGAGCCAGGAGGGCCUUUGCGCCUCCCGGCAGGCAUCGCGCGGCUCACCCGCUUCCUUCAGGAACUCGUCGGGGGCGACUCAGGCGCACAUGCGGGCGGCCCUCGCGCCUUCGCCGGCGGUGCCUCAGCCUCCGGCGCUCGGCGCCUGGGCGUCCGCAGGCGACGCCCCCUUGUCGCAGGGCGCAAGUGCGCUGCUGAGCCGCGAGCUCACGAGGAGCGCCUCGACGAGCUCCGACGGCGGAGAUGACGACCGUCGCGAGCGCGGCGAGGCGUCGCGCGAGGAGACGCGGCUGCAGGGGAAGUUUGCUGACGAUGAGUUCGCAGCACAGGAACGGUGGGCGCGGAGAACCUGGAGGAACCCUUUCAGAGACUCGGACUGA